CCUGUUGCUGUUGUUUGUGAGUACAUCUUACAGAGGACCAGCUCAAACCCACAGCUGCCAAAAUGAGAGAGUUCAAGAGCAAGGCUUUCUGGAGGGCAGUUCUGGCCGAACUGGUUGGGAUGACCCUUUUUAUUUUUCUCAGCAUCGCCACAGCUAUUGGGAACAUAAACAACACUCAUCCAGACCAAGAGGUGAAGGUGUCACUGGCCUUUGGACUUGCCAUUGCCACUCUGGCCCAAAGUUUAGGCCACAUCAGUGGAGCCCACCUGAAUCCUGCAGUCACCCUCGGGAUGCUUGCCAGCUGCCAGAUCAGUGUGUUCAAGGCUAUCAUGUACAUUAUUGCCCAGAUGCUGGGCUCAGCCCUAGCCAGUGGCAUUGUGUAUGGAACACGGCCUGAAAACAGAACUGUACUGGGGGUCAACGCUCUCAACGGCGUCACACCCAGCCAAGGCGUAGGCAUAGAGCUUUUGGCGACCUUCCAGCUGGUGCUGUGUGUCAUUGCGGUCACUGAUAAAAGACGGCGUGAUGUCACCGGCUCUGCACCCUUGGCCAUUGGCCUCUCAGUCUGCCUGGGACACUUGGCAGCUAUCAGCUACACAGGCUGUGGCAUCAACCCUGCUCGCUCCUUCGGCCCGGCUUUGAUCAUGAACAAUUUUACAGACCACUGGGUGUACUGGGUGGGUCCAAUGUGUGGCGGUGUGGCAGCAGCUCUUCUGUACGAUUUCUUGCUUUCUCCCAAAUUCGAUGACUUCCCCGACCGCAUGAAGGUGCUGGUCAGCGGGCCAGUGGGUGACUAUGACGUCAAUGGAGGCAACGAUGCAACAACUAUGGAGAUGACCUCAAAGUAGUGCUACGCAAACAUGAAAUGCUAUUGUAAAUAUCUAUACUCCUGUACAAAAGCAUUAGAAUUUAGUUUAGUAUGUUAGUGGGUUUUUUUCUCCUGUUUUAAGGUAACCAAUGAGGAUUGUGGUCAACGGGUCAGUUGGUGCUUCCUUCCUAUUUUGCUCAUGUUUUUGGCCAAGCACCAGUUUUUUAUCCCAAAAAAACUGGUGCUUGGCU